AUGGCGCUUGAUAUAAAAACAGCAGCCGAACUGGCUACUUUAAUUCCUGCUUAUGAUGGAAGCUCCGGAGGAGUUAAAUCCUUCGUAGACGCAGUGAAUUUAGUUAAGACUAUUGUACCCGCUGAAAGCAAACCAGCGGCCAUUCAAAUCAUAUUAACGAAACUGAGUGGAAAAGCGAGAAAUUUGUUCGCUACCACUCCGGAAAAUUACGAUUGUAUUACGCAAUCGUUAACUAAUAACUGCAGUGACAAGAGUAACGAUUUAGCGAAGACAAACUUGUCCAAUCUAAAGCUAAAGUCAGCGGAUGAUAUUCAAAAUUUUUCGAAACAAGUAGACUUACUUGCCGAAAAGUUAAAUGAAACGUACAUCAGGGAACAAAUCCCUAGUGACGCAGCAAAACGAAUGACAUUGAAAGCAGCUAUCCAAACGAUGGUUGAGAACUCAGCGAAUUCAGAGACUAGAAUGAUGCUGAAAGUAGGUAAAUUCGACAACCUGCAGGAAGCCAUCAAUGUCAUGAUCGAAAAUGAAAAGCCAACAAUUAAAACAUCGAAUUCAGUAGUGCUAAACGCCACGCGUAUCAGCAGUAACAAUAGGUUUCAAGAUACUAGACAAAAUACACAACAGCGAAACAGCGAUGGUUACCGUAGAGGCAACGCGAAAAUGCCCGCAGAGAAAAAACUGAAAGCGAAGGAGGUGAAGUGGAAAAAUCUUCUGGAAGCAUUUAAGCGGAUGGAGGAUUUUUUGGCGAAUUAUGUUCCUGCUGAGCAUCAACAUGAAGUGCCCCUGCGACUCGAUCGCUUAGAAAAGUUAAAUGGGACAUUCGAAUCGAUACAGUCGGAAUACGAGGAGUUCGAUGAUAGUGAGCAGUUUUUGACGGCUAAUAUGGAGUGCCGUUCCAAAGUAGAAGAGCAGUGUUUUCGAAUAAAGGCCAGUUUACUUUCGAAGAAACCCCUUCCAGUACCCGCCCCCGUUUCUCAGUCUUCAUCAGUAGAUUCUCAGCCCGUCCCGUCCGGUUUAGCAAACGUUAAAUUACCGACGAUCACUUUGCCAGAGUUUAAUGGAGAUUUUAAUGAUUGGCUCACGUUUCAUGACACGUUCGUCUCGAUGAUCCACUCUUCGACGGAGAUAUCUUGUGUUCCGAAGGUUCACUAUCUUCUUGCUGCACUGAAAGGUGAGGCAGCAAAUUUGAUUCAAUCGGUUACCAUCACUGCUGCAAACUAUUCAGUUGCAUGGGAUACCCUCGUCAAACGUUAUUCGAAUAAAGCUAUUCUGCGUAAAAAGCAUAUUCGAGCACUGCUGAAAUACACGAAGAUUUUGAAUAAUUCAGUCGAUGCCCUUCAUAGAAUAGUUGAUGAUUUUCAACGUCAUACCAAGGUACUGCAACAACUUGGCGAGCCCGUCGAGCAUUUCAGCUCAAUUCUGAUGGAGCUGUUGGAAGAUAAGCUGGAUGAUGCAUCGCUGCAGUCUUGGGAAGAAUCUGCGUCCUUGGAUGAACAACCCACGUAUGCCAAGAUGAUCGAAUUUUUGCUGAAAAGAACCCGUGUACUGGAGACGAUUCUCAUCAACCGUCCCCAACAUGUCCAUCCCAGAGCUGGAGGCCACAACUCUGGAAGCAAGAAGCCCAGCCCACCACGUGUGAAUGCAAAUGCCAUGACAAACCCCCCAGCAAAACUGUUUCCCCCGUGCCCUGCCUGCGAAAAGGAAAAACAUGCCAUGAUAGAUUGCCCUGUUUUCAACGGAUUAGAUGUAAAAGGUAGCAUUGAAGUGGUCACAGACAAAAAACUCUGUAGCAACUGUUUUCGCAGCGAUCAUUUCGCUCGUAAAUGUCGUUCGAAUUUCAACUGCAAGCAGUGCAGCAAGCGACAUCAUUCGAUGAUUCAUCCCGGUCCCUUUCAAGCUAAUUUGUCUACUGAAAACCGUCCCAAAGUUGAUAACGGUCCGCUCGGCGCAUUUCAAAUAAGUACAGCUGUUGUUUCCCAGUCUGCUUGUGACACCUUUUCGCUGAAUACCGCAGUUAAGGAAAUAAGUAAAAAUGUCAUCUUAUCGACCGUGGUGCUUUUAGUAGUUGACGCCUACGGGCAAGAGCAUCUUGUCAGAGCCUUGUUGGACACCAGAUCGCAGCCUAAUGCGAUAAGUGAGCGCUUCUGCCAGCAACUACACCUAUCCCGAAAAGUUGUAAACGUUCCCAUUGCUGGUGUAGAUGGAACAACUACUAAUGCCAAGUACCAAGUUCGCGCUGAAAUCCGUUCCAGAGUUUCUGAAUUCAAAGACAUUCUUGAUUUUUUGAUCUUGCGAAAGGUAACCAGCGACACCCUUUCCAAGUCAUUUGCUGUUUCCCAAUGGAAAAUUCCCGAUAACGUGCAGUUGGCCGAUCCCAAUUUUAAUGUUAGUCAGAAAAUUGACAUGAUUAUCGGUGCUGGUCAUUUUUACACUUACCUGCUAGAGGGUCGAAUCCGUUUGGCCAAAAAUCAACUCAUGUUCGUUGAGUCUGUGUUUGGCUGGAUAGUGACAGGCAACGUAAAAAUCCCGGUAGAAGAAUCCCCACAGCGGCCAGUAACUUGUCAUGUGGCGACAGUUACCCCAAUAGAUGAGCUGCUUGAACGCUUUUGGGCCUUAGAAGAAGUCAGCGGUCCCAAUUAUUCUCUCAUCGAACAGUCAUGUGAGAAUCUCUUUUGCGAAACCACUACCCGCGAUUCAGAUGGCCGAUACAUAGUACGACUACCGAAAGCCCCCAACUUUAGCCAAUUGAUAGGGGAGUCGAAGCAGACAGCCUUGAACCGCUUCAAAUCACUAGAGCGAAAAUUAGAAAGAGAUGCUGGUCUGAAGCGGCAGUACCACGAUUUUAUGGCCGAAUAUGCCGCGUUAGGGCAUAUGAGUAUUGUUCCCGAUGAUAACUUGGAUGGUCCUUAUGCAUUUUAUCUCCCACACCACCCCGUUAUUAAGGCUUCCAGCUCUACAACCAAGGUACGCGUUGUGUUCGAUGGCUCGGCGAAAACUAGAACCGGACACUCACUGAACGAGGCACUUCUUGUUGGACCUGUUGUGCAGGAUGAACUGUUAACUCAUAUUGUGCGAUUUCGCAAAUUUCCGAUUGCAUUGGUGGCGGACAUCGAGAAAAUGUACCGCCAAGUUUUAAUACACCCCGAGGACCGUAGUUUCCAAAGAAUCUUGUGGCGUUUCAGCAGUAAAAAACCCAUUAGCACCUACGAAUUGUCGACCGUUACGUACAGUGUUAGCCCGUCUUCGUUCCUGUCUACCCGAGCUCUACAACAGUUAGCAAACGACGAUGGUGAGUCGUAUCCCCAGGCCCAGCAAGCACUUCAGAAAAACAUGUACGUCGAUGAUUUGAUAAGUGGGGAUUCUACCAUUGAACAGGCAAUCCAACUUCGUAAUCAGCUUAAUGAGUUACUGAAGAAAGGCGGUUUCAACCUUCGUAAAUGGUGCUCGAACGCGCCUGAGGUUUUAAAUGAUCUACCGCAAGAUUUGUUUGGGACACAAUCUCUCAGAAAGUUUGAACCCGAUGAUAUUGUAAAAACAUUAGGGAUGAGCUGGGAACCGAAAGGUGACCUAUUUCGGUUUGAUGUUGCGAUAGCUAACUACCAGCGUGCUGACUUACACUGUUUUGCGGAUGCAUCGGAAGCAGCUUAUGGUGCCUGUAUAUAUGUUCGCUCUGAAGCAAUCGAUGGUCGUGUCAAGGUCAACCUGUUGGCGUCCAAAUCAAAGGUAUCCCCGCUAAAACAGCUCUCCAUUCCCCGAUUAGAACUGCGUGCAGCUGAACUUGGUUCCCGUUUGUACGAGAAAAUUGCAGCUGCAUUGGAGGUUAAAUUUAAUGCGGUGUUCUUCUGGACUGAUUCAACUGUAGUUUUACACUGGUUGCGUUUCCCACCCCGAACUUGGAAAACUUAUGUAGCCAAUCGAGUUUCCGUGAUACAGUCAGCUACUCAUGACGCUACCCGGUUGCAUGUAGCUGGAGCUGACAAUCCAGCAGAUCUAGUUUCCCGUGGUUUUUCCGCUGAUCAGCUAGUCAAGAGCAACGAGUGGCAACACGGACCCAGUUGGCUACUGAAACCCAAACCCGAAUGGCCUGCGCAGAUAGCUAUCGAGUGCUCCGCUUCAGCAGAAGAUAUGGAAUUGUGA